AUGGCAGAAUCAAAUACUCCCAUCCCUCAGGAAAACCAGCAGUCGAGGUACAAUACCGCCGCCAACAUCAAGACCAACGACCUGGAAGCAUCUCAUAUCCUUCCGCUUCCAAGUUCCGUCGAGGGGGACCCGGCACUACCAGUUCCCCCGCCAGACGCCGAUGACAGGACGCCGGCCGGUAACAGGACGCCGGCGGCCACAGGGAACGCACCGGACGACGCCGGCCUCACCAAGGACGAGGUCGUAUCGACAACGAAGAAGAGUAAGGCAGGCAGCAAGAAUCCCUGCGCCAAGACUGAGUCGGCACGGGCCAAGUACGACCGCAUCGUGGCCCUCGACUGCCUCGCGAAACGGAAAUGCGCAAACUGCGCCAAGAAGCGGAGAGGCUGCGACUGCUAUAUCGAUCCAGAAAGGCUGAACUCGGCUUGUUCCAAGUGCACUCUCCACAAGGAGGGCUGCUCUUUUGUCCAGAACGCAGCUGAGCCGCUGGGCCCGGACGGAAUCGUACACGCUCCGGCCUCCCAGGAGCUGCCAAGGCGCAGGGCACCUGCAGGACGCGAGGAGACGGUCGAGACGCCCGUCAAGAACGCCAUGGGCGUUGCACCAAGCGACUCUGUUCCGGAAGAAGUGCAGGAACGAAUCGAGCAAGAACUAGCUCGAUAUCAAUCAGCACCUGCCGAACAAAAGCCGGCAGCAAUAUCGGCAUCAGAGUCUCGACCGGACGCCUCUCGUGACGUAAAGAGCAGCCUUAAGCGGACGCCUCUCCCUUCCAGUCGUCCCAAGCCGGCCACGACGUCCGGAGUGGGUGCAAAGAGGAAGCCGCUUCCUGAUGGUCGCCCCAAGUCGUCAGCAAAAUGCACCAACGACAGCAAGCCGGAGCCUACGGAAGACGGCGAUCCUGUCCCAAAGCGAGAAACUUCCCCGGCGAAAAGACGGAAGCUGGGGCCGGCAGCCUCUCAGACGACAGGCGCGAACGGUGAUUCAGCGGAGGAUACGAAACAGUAA